AAGAGAAACAUUUCUGCACAUGCCCAUGAUAUUCUUCUCCACUGGGGGCAGCUUUACAUAAGACUGCAUUCAGUGAAACCAAAGCAACAGUCGGAGGAGCUUUCAGAAUGACAGUAUGCAGAAGUGAACAGAGCCCGUUCAUUCUACAAGACUAUUCUGCCUUCUGGGCUCCAAAGCAGCUUCGCAUCCGAUUCGGGUGCUUACUAUGAAAACUGUUGGGCUACGGAGUACGGAUGUGUGAAUUCAGAUAGCAAGGUAUUUGUUGAAGAAAUUAUCCAGCUUUAUUAUAAGGAGCAAUUUCAACAGCCAGUUUUUCCAAUCGGAAAGAUGCAAAAACGUAACAUCCAUGAGGAUCCUAUUACCUAGGAAGAAUUUGACAUUUUGCUGCAAAUGCGGUGUGGGGAUUUAUUUAUUCUUGGAGUGUUCUGCGUGGCUGGCAGAGAAUAAUGUUCCAAAAUCGGUCCAUCUCCCAAGGGGUCCCAUUUUUCUUCCUGGGUGUCAGCAAGCCCUGACUCACCACAGUGCCGCUGACAGGGGCUGUCAUGCUACUGGCACCCUAAGCAAAAGCAAAGGACCUAAGGACGACCUUUGAACAACACAAAGGAUGGGUUUCAAUGUAAUUAGGCUACUGAGCGGAUCAGCUGUAGCACUGGUAAUAGCCCCUACUGUAUUACUGACAAUGCUUUCUUCUGCUGAACGAGGAUGCCCUAAGGGCUGUAGGUGUGAAGGCAAAAUGGUUUAUUGUGAAUCUCAAAAAUUACAGGAGAUACCCUCAAGUAUAUCUGCUGGUUGUUUAGGUUUGUCCCUCCGAUAUAACAGCCUUCAAAAACUUAAAUAUAAUCAGUUUAAAGGUCUCAACCAGCUCACCUGGCUGUACCUUGACCAUAACCAUAUCAGCAAUAUUGACGAAAAUGCUUUUAAUGGAAUACGCAGACUAAAAGAGUUGAUUCUGAGUUCCAAUAGAAUCUCCUAUUUUCUUAACAAUACCUUCAGACCUGUGACAAAUUUACGGAACUUGGAUAUAUCCUAUAAUCAGCUGCACUCUCUGGGAUCUGAACAGUUUCGGGGCUUGAGAAAGCUGCUGAGUUUACACUUGCGGUCUAAUUCCCUGAGAACCAUUCCUGUGCGAAUUUUCCAAGACUGUCGCAACCUGGAACUACUGGACCUGGGAUAUAACCGCAUCCGAAGUUUAGCCAGGAAUGUCUUUGCUGGUAUGAUCAGGCUCAAAGAACUUCACCUGGAGCACAAUCAGUUUUCCAAGCUCAACCUGGCACUGUUCCCAAGACUGGUCAGCCUGCAGAACCUUUAUUUGCAGUGGAAUAAAAUCAGUGUGAUCGGACAGACCAUGUCCUGGACCUGGAGCUCAUUACAAAGGCUUGAUUUAUCCGGCAAUGAAAUAGAAGCUUUCAGUGGACCCAGUGUUUUCCAGUGUGUCCCCAAUUUACAGCGCCUCAACCUGGAUUCUAACAAGCUGACGUUCAUUGGUCAAGAAAUCUUGGACUCCUGGAUAUCUCUCAAUGACAUCAGUCUGGCCGGAAAUAUAUGGGAAUGCAGCAGAAACAUUUGCUCCCUGGUAAACUGGCUGAAAAGUUUUAAAGGGCUGAGGGAAAACACGAUCAUCUGUGCCAGCCCCAAAGAACUGCAAGGAGUCAACGUGAUCGAUGCCGUGAAAAACUACAGCAUCUGUGGCAAAAGUACCACGGAGAGGUUUGAGCUAGCGAGGACUCUCCCGAAGCCUACAUUCAAACCCAAACUCCCCAGGCCCAAGCAUGAGAGCAAGCCCCCCCUCACCCCUACGGUCGCAGCCACGGAGCCAAGCUCGGAAACGGAUCAUGACCCAGAGCGUAUCUCUUUUCACAAAAUCAUAGCUGGGAGCGUGGCUCUUUUCUUGUCUGUGCUUGUGAUCCUGCUGGUUAUCUACGUGUCAUGGAAGCGUUACCCUGCGAGCAUGAAGCAGCUGCAGCAGCGCUCCCUCAUGAGAAGGCACAGGAAAAAGAAAAGGCAGUCACUGAAGCAAAUGACUCCCAGCACCCAGGAAUUUUAUGUAGAUUAUAAACCCACCAACACUGAAACCAGCGAGAUGUUGCUGAAUGGGACGGGACCCUGCUCAUAUAGCAAAUCAGGAUCCAGGGAAUGCGAGAUACCUUUAUCCAUGAACGUGUCAACCUUUCUUGCAUAUGACCAACCCACAAUAGGUUACUGUGGGGUGCAUCAUGAACUUCUCUCUCAUAAGCCCUUUGAAUCAAAUGCACAGGAAGAGACGAUGGAAACACACCUAGAGACUGAUCUGAAUCUGAGCACAAUAACAACAUCAGCCCGAAUCAGUGAGCUUAAUCAGCAGAUGGCUUCAUUGACCUAAUUAACAGGAGAGGGUGGCCACCAAACUCUGUGUAACCCGAUGGACCCAAUGAGGAAGACUUUGUCUCGUGUGGAUUCUGAAAUGUCCUGUUCUAAUAAAAUGAAAAAGAACCAAGAGUGGUACAUGAAAUAAAGAAGACGUGAAUUGUUUCAAGUCUACAAUUUGUAAUUAAGUUGUGCAGUAUUUUUUGACUUAAAGAAUAUGACCCUGGGGAAAAAAAAAAGAAUCUUUUUUCAAAGCUCAUCCUACCUACCUGUAAAAACUGUACAGAGCUAAUGUAUUUUUCAUAUUGUAAAGUUUCAAUUAUUAAGAACUGGUAUGUACAGUACCAUAAUUUAAUUACGGUUUGCUUUACAGAUUUCAGUUUCUAAAAUUUUAAAUUAACAAAAAUUAUUUCUUGUGUUACUCAGAGUCACUCAGUUUUGUAGGGAUUGUUUUGUUACUGCUUUUGUGCCCAGAAAACUUUACUCUGAAAUUCUGUGCUGUGUGAAAUAUGCACGAUUUUUAUCAUGCUUAUUGCAUAGAAUUUUAUCUACUUGUUCCAGAAAUAAUACAUUAACCAAAAAAAAGAUUUAAUUGCUCAGACUUCGAAGAGAUUCUUCAAUUACAUGAGAAGUUUUUCUUAUAAAUGAAAAAAUUCACUUUUUUUUAACAAUUCUCAGAUUUAACUGUUGCCUUGAAUUACAGCCUAGUUUCUAAGCAGUGAAAUGUAAUGAUAAAGAGGGAUAUUUUAAAAACACAUUUCUGAAUGAAUGACUCAUUAUUUUAUUCUUUUAUUCUUUUGAGUAAUAGGGAAUUGAGGAUGGGGAAAAAUCAGUGGACAAAUCAUUAUUGGAAACAAAGGCCGUAACCACAGCAACAGAUUUUCUCAUAAGAGACAAAGGGCAGCUGUCAAUGACAACAGAAAAGUCUUUAAGUCUAUUGUUUCACUGGGCAGGGUGAGAGGUAGUUAUAAUUGUACAGUAGUUUAUUGUCUCCUAAUUAACCCAAUUUAUCAGGCAAGCAGGCAUAUAGUCAGGUAGUGUAUAUGCACCUGAUUCUUCAUGCAAAAUUUUAGUGUAAUACUACAAUUCAGGAACACCUCCCAGAUGAAGCACCAAAUGUUUAAUGCACUUGCUUUCUGCACGAACCUCCCCCAUUCUAUACUGAAAUUUCCCUGGCACCACAGCAGUUACAUAAAAUCUGAUGGGGGUACCUACUUUGUCACUGAAAGUGGCAUUCAACCAGAUUGGCAUUUAAAAAAUAUGUCCGGUUAAAACCUUAGCAGUACAGUGCCUCUAGCUUCUUUACAAAGUUAACUUAAAAGAUUUUGACCCCCCUGCUGAGCUGAAACAUACUGAUGAUACUAUAUGAAAUGAAAUUAAGAGAACCUGACUUUAUAAGACUUCAUUAUUCAGCAUUUGAAUAAUUGACUGAUUUCUUUGCUCAGAUGUAUGCUUUUUUAAAAAAAACCUAGGUAUGGUUUACAUUUACCAUACUUAAAAACUUUAAAGUUACUAAGAAUACCAUAUGAAGAGUAAGAUCAUUUCAUAGUCUGUGAAAAUGAAAAUAAUUUCAAACCUAAAUGUCAGCCAACUAAGGGGAAAUAACUAGAAACACUGGGUUUUCCAACAGUCAAAGAAAAGCUCUGACUCAAGUUUUUCUUUCUUUCAAAAAAUACUAUAAGCCUGCAAGUAUAGUUUUCCGGAUGCUUACUGUACCAUAUUUCAAAAUAUCUUCAAGGAGACUGAAUUUUUAAAAUGCAGUUCAUAUGUUUGUGAAAAAAAUACACGAGGCAGGUAGGUAGAGAGAGAAUGUUUAACAAGGAAUCUGCAUUUAAUAUUGUAAGUGAAACAAAAUGUCAAAAUAGAGUACCUUGUAUCAGUUAUUUAUUUAGCAUUCCAGAUUUUGUAACAUAUUUUGCAUAAAUUAUUUCCUAUUCAAAUAUUUAAUUUGUCAUUUUAAGUCUCAUAUUUUUCUUACUUAUUUUAAUUUUCAUUGAUGCAUUUAUGUGUUCUCAGAAAUCUCUUUAACUUAUAUUUGCAAUUUUAUUUUGUGUUGCUUGAAGUAGGGAAAACAAGAUUUACAAAAUGCUUACUUUUCCACAAUUGAACACCAAAAAAAUAAGAGCCUGGUGGUUUCUAAAACUCAAAAAAUGAAUUUGCUUUCUAAGCAGAUAUUUUGGGGAAGAAAAUUAUUCCUCAUAGGACUAGUCCAUGAGAAAUUUCAAAAGAAUCAUUAUAUGAGGAUAAGCACCUCAUACUCCUCUGGGUACAUUUUUAGAACGAAGACUUCUUAAAGAAGGAAAAUGUCCUUUACCAAAAUUGUAACUUCCAUGUUACAUGUUAAUGCUUAAAAUGUGUAUACUCAACUUGCAUAGUUAACAUUGUCUAUUAGACAAUGUUAAUAGACAGUACAGUUAACAUGGGUGCGAUUUUACUCUCACUUUUAUCAUCGUAAAUAACAGCUACACCAGAAAGACAGAGACAUAUAGGUUUAUCUACCUAUAGAUGUGCUUGCAUAUACAUAUAUAUAUAUGAUAUCUAUCUCAGAUUAUUUCCACAAUCCUGACUUUCUUAGACAUGGCUUGCAGUAAGAAUAGACUGUCAUCAAGUUUUUUUUUUUAUAGGAGUUAGGUUUAUCUUUUUCUUUUUAAUCAAAUUAUAUGGCACUGAAAAUUUGUUAAUAACAUGAGUCCCACAGAGACCUGGAUCUAUUUUCUUAAUCAUAUCUUAGAGUAAUUCACUUUUGGUACAGAGUCCUCAAUUUCCCCAAGAUGCCCAGAGUCUUCCAACAAUGCCUUCUUGUGAUUCUCCAUUCUGGGCAUGAUUUCACCUAUUCAGAAGUCAUUCUGUGCCAACUGAAGUCUGUAUUCGACCCUGGGUUCCAUAGCUAGACUCCAGCACAGGAUAGUCUAAUAAGCUGUAAAUUCCUGAAUGCUUCAGACCUCAUGAAAAUAUGAAGAUCAGGUGCUCGCAUGCAGCAGGAACUGAUUGGGGUCCCAUGGCUCGUUCAUAAAAAGGGUUUUUAUGCAUGGCUGUUCUACAGUGUCUUUCCAGAGAUUUCUCUGGCCGCUAUAAAGGGGAUCCCCACUGCAAGGCACAUCAUCAGCUGCAGAAACCGGUAAGCAUACAGCUGACCAGAAGUCAUCACUCAGAAUCAUUAUUCCCCUGGUUUGGUGGAGAAUUUCCAAAACAUGGCUUUUAUUAAUGCCAUGUUGUUCACAGAUUUUAAUGCAUAACAUUGAAACAGAUAGAAAGUCAAGUGACAUCAGCUCACAGUGAUUAGCGAAUUGUGACCAAUAUUCAAAUUUUCCCUUAAUAUUUAAUAUAUUAAAUUGGUAAUAUGUUUUGAAAAUAUUUUGGCUUCCUUGGUUCAAUCAGAUAUUUUAGGACAUAUGAAUUAGCAGUACCUAUAAAUAUAAAAAUUAUGGAAACCUUAGUUGGAUUCAGAAAACUAUCAUGGCUCAUAAAUGGAAAAAGAAGGUACUUUCUGAAUUAUAGUUUUUAUGAGCCAUGGCAUUUCAACUCUCAGUGUCUGCAAAAAGAGGCAGAUCUCUCAUAUAUGUUCACUCAAAACAAACAAGGCAAUUUCCAGUGGCUAAAUUGUGCAUUUAAUUCAGUGUCAAAAAAUUAACAAGUUUCAUUAAAUGAUAAAAUCUA